GGGGUCACGCCCCUCUAGGGCGCGCCGGGGGCUCUCCCAGCAGUGGGGGAGACCUAGGGCAGGGGCGUGGAGAGGCGGGGGCGUCCGUCCCUCGCGCAGGUCACCGGCUGCAGCCUGGCACGACUGGAAAGCACCUUGCGCAAGGGGGCUCCUCCCCUUUCCUCCUGUUUCCCGGAUCCCCGGCGCCGGGGCCAGUUGCGAGUGUGAGCUGAGCGCGGGGAAGCAGGGGCCGGCGGGGAGCGCGCGUCCCGUGGCGCACGGCUGCUCCCCCGGCCUGCCUGGACGCGCAAGUGCACCAGUAAUGGAGUUCAUGAGCACCGGAAGUGACGAUAAAGAAGAACUCGACUUACUGAUCAAACAUUUAAACAUGUCCGACGUCAUAGACAUUAUGGAGAAUCUUUACGGGAGCGAAGAGCCGCCGGUUUACGAACCCAGCCUCAUGACCGUGUGUCCGGACAGCAAUCAGAACGAGGAGCGGGCGGACUCACUGCUGCUUAGUGGCCAGGAGGUGCCGUGGCUGUCCUCAGUCAGAUAUGGAACCGUGGAGGACUUGCUUGCUUUUGCAAACCACAUAUCCAACUCGGCAAAGCGUUUGUACGGACGGCGCCCCCAGGAGGCUGGCAUUCUGUUAAAUAUGGUCAUCACCCCCCAGAACGGCCGGUACCAGAUCGACUCUGACGUGCUCCUUGUCCCCUGGAAGCUGACUUACAGGAACAUCGGCUCUGAUUUCAUUCCUCGCGGGGCCUUCGGCAAAGUGUACCUCGCCCAGGAUAUCAAGACGAAGAAGAGAAUGGCGUGUAAACUGAUCCCCGUGGAUCAGUUUAAGCCGUCCGACGUGGAGAUCCAAGCGUGCUUCCGGCACGAGAACAUCGCCGAGUUGUACGGCGCCGUCCUGUGGGACGAGACCGUGCACCUGUUCAUGGAGGCCGGCGAGGGAGGCUCCGUCCUGGAGAAGCUGGAGAGCUGUGGCCCCAUGCGAGAGUUUGAAAUUAUCUGGGUGACCAAGCACGUUCUCAAGGGGCUGGAUUUCCUGCACUCGAAGAGGGUGAUUCACCACGAUAUCAAACCCAGCAACAUUGUUUUCAUGUCCACAAAAGCCGUUUUGGUGGAUUUUGGCCUCAGUGUCCAAAUGACUGAAGACAUCUAUUUCCCUAAGGAUCUUCGGGGGACAGAGAUUUACAUGAGCCCGGAGGUGAUCCUUUGCAGGGGCCACUCCACCAAGGCGGACAUCUACAGCCUGGGCGCCACGCUUAUCCACAUGCAGACGGGCACACCACCCUGGGUGAAGCGCUACCCCCGCUCGGCCUACCCCUCCUACCUCUACAUAAUCCACAAGCAGGCGCCUCCCCUGGAAGACAUCACCCAGGACUGCAGCCCGGGCCUUAGGGAGCUGAUGGAAGCUGCGCUGGCCAGGAACCCGGCCCACCGCCCACACGCCGCUGACCUGCUAAAGCACGAGGCUCUGAACCCGCCCAGGGAGGACCAGCCGCGCUGCCAGAGCCUCGACUCGGCCCUGCUGGAGCGCAAGAGGCUGCUGAGCCGGAAGGAGCUGGAGCUGGCCGAGAGCAUCACGGACUCUUCCUGCGUGGGGAGUACCGAGGAGUCGGCGGAGAUGCUCAGGAGACAGCGCUCCCUGUACAUCGACCUGGGCGCCCUGGCCGGCUAUUUCAACCUUGUGCGGGGCCCACCCAUGCUGGAAUAUGGCUGACGGGUGCCGGUGUGUGCUGUCGGUCGGGACAGCAGCAGUCCCCCGGAUGCUGGUGCUGCUGACCUCACGCGGACAGCGCUGCCUCGUGCUGUGCGGCAUCCCAGGGCCAGCGUGGGCUCCCACGGCGUGAGAACGUGGUUGCCCAUGGGCGUGACCUCUGAACUCAGCGGACGUGUGACAGAGGCUCCUUCCGCGUGUGCCGGGUCUAAAGGUUCUCAUUUCUCAGGUGCUGGGACUCCUGAGUGGGAGGCGUUUGCCAAGUUCCCACAAGGAUGGUGGCUGCCAACAGCGUUCCACUCACUGUGCACUUUGCUAGGACAUGUGAAAACCGCCCAUCCCAGGGAUAAUCCUCUUUCUUACGGCUGCUGUCCUCGAUUCUCACCUAACUAUGAGGUCUUCCCCGGACUCAGACUGUUUGUGUAUAUUCCACGAUAACUCUUGGUGCUCGCUUCGGCAGCACGUAUACUAAAACUAAGGUAAUCUCGGGGCCUUUAUGGGUUGAAUUCAUAUAUUGCAGGUGAACGGGACAGCUGGAAUACGGUUGCAAUAAGCUCUACUAGUGUCUCCCACAUGGCUGUCUGGUGAGUUCAGAGCCACUGGACAGCCGGCCACUAGUGAUGGUUUGUGUUCCUAUGGAAACACUUCGUACAUGCUAUGCUGAACACAUUUGAAACGUGUGACGUUUUGAAUGUGGCUAGAACUGUGUAAACCACAUAAUUUCUGUACAUCCCAAAGGAUGAGAUUGUGACUUCGGAGAGAAUGGAAACUUUGGUAAAAUUUUUGGUCGAUGCCACUUUUAUCCUUUUAGGACUACCUUCUAUUCUGCGUUUGCAUAUUAAAAUGGCAUACUGUGUAUGUGUUAUGUCAAAUGCCUUUGUGGAUCCUUCUUAUGUAUACACAUAGAUAGAGAUAUACAGAUAUAUAUUUAACUUUGUAAAAGCCCAUGAGCAUUCCUGUUGAAGGGACAUAUUUACGACAGGCAAAUGAAACCCAACGCUUUGGUCCAAUGUGACUGCUCAAAUCUACUGAAUAAAUUCAGUAUUUUCUCUUAA